ACCAUGGAGCUGUGUGGAUACUGCCUCUGUUACCACUGUAACCCUGAUAUUAAAUAGUGUAUCUGUAGCUACUGCAGAAUAUUACAUUAAUAUAGGAUCCAAUAGAACCCACACACUGACGUUCGAACAGGACAGAGGUGGAUUAGAGAGGAAGAAAGGGAGAAGAGUUGUAAAAGAGGAGAGGAGUGUUUGCGCGAUGGGCAGCGCGGUGACAGCCUGGUGGGUGAUGGUGGAGGUUGCCUGCAGGAUUCUGGGUAUUUCCACGGCAGCAGUGCUUUGUGCUGUGGGGGUGGACACGUUGCGACAGGGGGAGUUCCACAGUCUGGCCAUCUACCUGCUGUUGUCUGGGGCAGGUAUGAUGGUGUUUGAGGUAGCCUACUUCCUAGAUGCCCUCCUGCAGAUGUGUCUGCCUUUCCCCCCAGGGUGGCGUGUGUUUGUGUUGUGGGGAAAGAUGGCUCGUCUUGGAGGCUUUCAGAAGUUCCUCUACUACUCCAUGAUGUCAGUAGUGUGUUUUCUUCACCCUGUGUUAGUGUGGCAUGCUGUUAUACCAGGUAACACCACUCUACCAGGCAUCAUGCUCCUGGUCACGGCCUUCUUCAACUUCAUCCUCAGCAAAAAUACCCAAACAGUGUCCCCUAAAGACCUGGAGGACAAUGUAGGGAUAACGUCUGUGUGUGUGUCUGAAAGAGGAGGGACAGAACACACCUUCUCCUUCCUCCACAUGCCGAUGGGCAGGAGAGGGGCAGGGCUGGCGUUCGUACCCAGGGAGAGUGGCUUGGGAGUGGGCGAGAGAGGAGAGAGCAGCCGGGCCAUGCUGGAGGUAGAGAUGGAGCAGCCAGGGUCAGAGCUGGAGCGAGGGAGGGACGGAGGAGAGAGGUGGAAAGAGAAGGAAAGACAUGUCCAUUUCCAGAACAGUGCUACAGAGGAGACAGAAAUGGAGGAGUACCACGACUUUGAACCAGAGACCACCUCGGACACCGCUCCUAUGAUCACUAACUGAACAUUACACUACUGUUAUUCAUUGGAGGCCCAGGACAAUAUGGUGGAAAACAAUAGAGACUGAGCUCCAUUAACAUCAGCAGAGCUGGGGCACGGUGGAGAAGAUGGCCAAAGACCGCCAGAAGUGGAGAACCUUGUUAGUGGGGAGGAGUGGAUGAGUGACUGAGUGAGUGACACUACAGUAGCAAUACAGUUGGCGGUCAGCUGGAGCAGGGCUUGAACCAGGGACCUCCUCAGACACCGCACAUAUGAUCGCUGAAUGAAUAUUACACUACUAUAGCAAUGUAGGGGGACAACUAGAACCAGGAACCACCACACCUAUCACUAACUGAACACUACAUACUGUAACGAUGGAGGAAGACAGUUGGAGUGAGGUUUGAACCAGGGACCUUGUAGUUAAAGGUGAAUUGUGGUGGUGGUGACUAGCUUUUGGAUACUGAUGCUCAUCAGUCAAUGACUCAAUGCCAAAUAAUGCAUAUAAUCAAUGUUCGAUAUACUAUAGGAGAGUUAACCCAUUGAAAACAGACUAACUUGUUUGCUUGCCCACUUUUUUUUCUUAGAUUGAACACAUUUCUGUUAGCUAAUGGUAAUAUAAAGACCAGGAACAAUGGUUUUGUAUAAUACAGGUGUGGGCCCCACAUUCCACAAGCUGUAGGAGGGUCACACACUGCACAGACGUUUGGGAAAGGCUGCUGUUACUAACUGCUGAUCAUACAGUCAUACAUUUGACUUAAUCUGUUGUAUAUGAUGAAGAUGAUGAUGAUCAUAAUGAUGAUGAUGGUGAUGAUGAUAAUUUGAAGUAAGGGUCUGAUUUUAAGAGAGGCAGUGUCUUCAACAUUGCCACUAAGGUGAAUGUACAGUUGAAGUCGGAAUUUUACAUACACUUAGGUUGGAGUCAUUAAACUCGUUUUUCAACCACUCCA